AUGGUUCAUACAUCUCCCGCAACUCCCAGAGCUCCUGAAGAAAAAGUAGGAUCCCAUCUAAAAUCUAUUGCGGUACAACGUAACGGCAUCUAUGCUAAACUUUUGAAAAAGUUGAACACGAUCACUGAUGAAUACGAAACACAUUUCAAAAGCUUUGAAAAGGAAUUACCAAUCGCCGCAAAAAAGGAUAAUUUACCAAUACCAAAAUCUUUUCCGGCAUGGAAUGAUGCAUAUGUAGAAGAU